GCACCACAUAAGCUAAGCUUAAUAAACAGAUUACAAACAUGCUGUUAUUUAAUGACACAAAAUAUAUAAUCAUUAAUAGUGAAGAUGUUUAUUUGACAUUUAUGGAAGGAGUCCCCAGUGUUAGCUCUUUCUAACAGCCAGUAAGUAACAGGAACUUUGCACUUUGCAGUUUUUCUGUAAUAUGACAAGGUGCAUUUAUUUGUCUGAUUAAAUUGAAGAGAGGACAAAGAGAGGCUGGUGAGGAAAUGUCUGUUUAUAGCUGCAAAAAUGUAAGCGAUAACAGGAACUAUUUUUUUUAGACAUUCCACAACAUUAAAUGUAACUAUAAAUGGAUAAAAAUGUGACAUUCUUUAAUAAAUUAAAAAUUGGAAUCAUAACUCCACUUUGCAUUGGGCAUUUAGAUAUAAAGGGAAUAAAUAUAUAUUUUACAUAUAAAGGGAAUAAAUAUAUAUUUUACAUAUAAAGGGAAUAAAUAUGUUAUAUUUAGUUUACUGCAGGUUUCCAGGCCAACUGUGGUGGUGCAGUUAAAUGACCAAAGUCUCAUGACCCAGAGACCACACUGAACGUUUGUUUAACAUGUUGUCAUCUGGAGUUACCAUUAGGAGUGGUUGAGUUUCAGUUUGCUUCACACCAUACAGGGCAUAAGCUCUGCAGCCUUGGCUAUAGAAGUGAUUUCUAGAUAUAGCCAGUCAACUUGAUUCUUGGAAAACGCAGAGUGAUACACAGCGUGACAGUAUUGGUCUCAGCACAGCAGCUGCCUUCGAAUAGAACUCUGUACAUGCUGGAUUUUGUGGCCUGAAUUUGUGUCCAGCUGAAGACACCAGGAGCAUAGGCCAAAAGAACAACAUAGAAAAUGCCAGCUAUUUUCUUGUCUGUCAUUCUGUAUUAGAGGCUAACCAGGCCUUUGUGACCCUGGCUACUAGUGAUGCCUACUGCAUGGGGAGUCUAGUGGUGGGCAAGUGCUUGCGAAAGCAUGGAACAACUCGAAAACUGGUGGUGAUGGUUUCUCCCAACAUUAGCAGAGAGGCACGUUUGUCUUUAGAAGACGUGUUUGAUGAGGUUGUAGUGGUGGACGUGUUGGACAGCAGGGACAGGGCUCACCUUUUCUGGCUGAGGCGUCCAGACCUGGGUGUCACCUUCACCAAACUUCACUGUUGGACGCUCACACAGUACACCAAAUGUGUGUUUCUGGAUGCUGAUACACUUGUGCUGUGUAAUGUCGAUGAGCUGUUUGAGCGAGAAGAGCUCUCUGCGGCUCCAGAUCCAGGCUGGCCCGAUUGCUUCAACUCUGGCGUGUUUGUAUUCAGACCGUCACUGGAGACCCACUCACACCUGCUGGAGCACGCCAAGAUGUGUGGCAGCUUUGAUGGAGGUGAUCAGGGACUUUUAAAUGCCUUUUUCAGUGACUGGGCAAUAAAGGACAUCAAUAAGCAUCUCCCAUUCAUUUACAACCUCAGCACCAAUGCAAUCUACACCUAUUUACCAGCUUUCCACAAUUAUGGCCAUCAAGCAAAGAUCGUCCACUUCCUGGGAAAGAACAAGCCAUGGCAUGUUCCAUACAAGCAGCAACCAUCCACUGAGGUUACUCAAUGGGAUUCCAACAGGAUCUUGGAGCAAUAUGUGAACCUGUGGUGGGCAGAGUACAACGCUCACACAAAAACGCAUGUAGAUGAGCCUGCUGAGCGCCAUGAUUCUGAACCGAUUGAGCAGCUAUGCAAAAUGGCAGCUGCACCCUGUUCCACCCAUGUGACCACUUCGCCGCAUAGGUCACAGCCCACUGCAACAUCACCCACCGCUCCUUUUCCUCACAGCCGUGAGUCAGUCUCUCAGGCCGAGGACAGAGAAGAGAAAAUACCCAGUGAAUCACUCGGGAAGCUGACGGUGAAUGUGCCGAGCUCAAGUACAUAUCAUCAGCUGGAGGACAUGUGUUCUACUCUUGACAUUGUAUCUGCUGCCGAUCCUGAGGAUUUGGAAAAGUCCGAGCUUCAGGAGCCACUAGUUGAACAAAAACAAUUAGAAGACGUCUCAGGAGCAGAAUCUGCCCUCUCAGAAGCCACACCAGACAAUUGUUCUACUCUUGACAUUGUAUCUGCUGCCAAUCCUGAGGAUUUGGAAAAGUCCGAGCUUCAGGAGCCACUAGUUGAACAAAAACAGUUAGAAGAGGUCUCAGGAGCAGAAUCUGCCCUCUCAGAAGCCACACCAGACAAUGCCACAAUGGAGGCUUUAAAGGAGAAUUUGGAGCAUCGGAAGAGGUGGGAAGAGGGCCAUAUUGAUUACCUGGGCAAAGAUGCCUUCGAGAACAUCCGGAUAAAGCUUGACCAAUUUCUCAAAUAAUAUCGUGUUUUAUGCGUGUGAGUGAAUAAGUAACAAAUGUUCAUUUGGAUUGUAUCCAUUAUCAUUUCACUAUGUCUACCUCUAUUAUAUCUACUCUACAGCUAAUCAAAGGGGCUCCUGAGUGACACGCAAAAAAAAAAAAAAAAAAAAAAGCAUUUUACCUUCUUGUCAGCAAUUUGUGAGUUUGAAUCCCAUCAGUGCCACAGAUAUCCAUGGCCCGGGAGUGAAGAGAGCAAAUUGGCCGUGCUCUCUGGGUGGAAGGGAUGGCAUAUUCUCUCUCCUCUGUCAGUCAGAGUGACACCAGCCAAUCAUGAGUGUCUGUGAGCUCAUGUAUGCGGAAGAGGGCAGAUAGCACUUUUCACGUUAUGGUGCCUUGUGACGCAACAUGAGCAGCAGUUCGAAAGGAAGGAGGAAGAACAUGUCAGCCCUCACCCUCCCUGAUUGCUAGCUAUCAUGCGAUAGGAGAGAGGUAGCUAGUGGGUAGGAUUUGGCAGAUGACCAAACUGGGGAGAGGGCGGGGCCUUGUUAGUGCUAAGAGGUACAGAAAAAAAAAAAAAAAAAAAAUCAGAAACAUUUGUUUUUACUUUAUCUUUUCCUUAUUUUGAUUUUCUAAAUUUAGAAGAUUUAAUAUGAACCCACUGCUCAUUAAAUCUUAAUUCUCUAAUGCUUAUUAAUUCUAUUUCAUUUUCUAUUUCAAUUUAUUGCAUUAAGUUCCUGUGAGAUUUAGAGGACCACAGUCUGCGUGCUUGUAAUUGAGUGGUUAAUAUCACGUGCUAUCUUUUCAGUUCAAUUGUUUUGCAUAAAUUAUAUGGUGUUAAUGAAAUAUUAAAUAUUAGAAUACAAGAAUAUUUUAAUUCUUGUGGUGGUUUGCACUGAGCACUGCUAAAAUUGACCUUAGUCCUACACUAGGGGGUGCUCUUUCUGCAAUUUGCAAAAUGUUAAAGCCUUCCAGACAGAUUUCAGCAUUUUAGAUUGCUUAUAUUAGAUCUAUUUAAAAUAAAAUGUGCACUGUGGAUGACAACAGUAGUGCUUCUGUUUACAUCUGCACGGCGGUUGUUUGCAGGUAUUGGCAGUCAUAACUACAUCCUCUUGCUGCUGCCUAUUUAAUAAGUUAACAACACACUCACUUGUCUCCCUGUAGGGAACGCAACAAACUUUACCAGAUGUUACCUACAAACAUCCUGACUCACCUCUGACUUUACUCCAAGAUGGAGGGACGUUGAUGUCCAUUUGUAUGUUUACCUUGUUUUAGUUUAUAAAUAGCAUUUUGCUCUAAAUACAACUAAUUAUUUUCUAUUGACCCAGGGUGUGGCUGUCAUUCCUAAUGAAAUAAACAUUUCAGUUAGACUGGUAUGGCUGUACUGCUGAUUUGGAAAGAUGCAGAGUGUAGGGUUAUGAGAUGUGUUUUUCUCCUCUGUGCCUUUCUUAAGUACAGAAGCCCUAAACCUCAAGUUCAGAAACUGAAACAAUGAUGAAGUGCUAUGUCAUUAUUUCGACUUAAUCUCUCUCUCUCUCUCUCUCUCUCUUUUAAAGAUAGUAUGUUGAUAUUUUAUCUUAUACCCUGACCCAAAUCUGGUUGGUCUGAAAGAACUACUCUGACAGUAGUUCUGUCUGAUUUUUAAAUCACAGGAUUAUAUUAAUGUGCUUAUUCUAAUACAUUACAGUUUCUAUAUCCACAGCUCAUUCACAGUGGACGAUCUACCUAAUUUAAUGUUAAUAAUUAGUGGAUUUAAAACACUGUUGUGUUUAACAAAAUAAAAUGAAUAAUUGUUGAUAUACAGCUUUCUGGAAGGGAAUUUUUAACUAACAUUUAUGGAAGGAGUCUCCAGCAUCAGCAUGUUUCCGCCACGUAAGAGUCUUCAGGACAGACAACUUUGUGCUUUGUGUUUUUUUUUUUUUUUUUUAAAAGCAUGAUGUAUUAAUAAAUAAAAAAUCCUAAUUGUUUGCAAGAGGAAUAAAAUACUUUGGAUGUGCUGUUAUAUAAUUUGUUAAAUAAUCAAAUUUGGGGUAACUGACACCACUCUGUUCUAUAAAGGCACACCCCCAAUUUUUUUUAUUAAGUGUUUUCUUUCUUACUUAAUAUUUUGUUAUUUUGAAUGAAUGACUCAUUAUUUCAAGAUAUUAUAGCAGCUUCUUGAGUUAUUAUCUCAUUAUUUUGACUAAAUAACUCAUUUCAACUUGUCAUAUUUCGAUGGUCACUUGAUUUAUUACAUCAAGAUAACAAGAUAUUAAGUUAAAAUGACAAUAUCUUGAAGCAGCAAGUUAUGACAUUAAAAUAAUGACAUAUUAAGUGGAAAUAAUGACAUAGCACUUCCAUACUUAUGGGAUUCCUUACCUGAAACUGCAUUUUCAUCAUGUGCGUGUAUUAGUAACUGAUGUUUUAUGAAGAAUGAUCUGAUGCUUAUCCUGUUUGACUUUAUUUAAAGGUUGGGUUUAUUCAUAAAUCUCCCUUGACUAUGUAAAUAUUUCUAUUCGGUUCAACUCUGCACAAUCAAAACAUAGGAAGUAGCACAAGUCGUCAUCAUUUAUGUCAGUUACAGUUUGUUUGCAGAGGCAAUAAACUGAAGCUGUUUGUCACUGGUGUAAAUAUUUAGCCGAAUCAUGAAUAUUAUUCAACGGAUUUCCCCAACUUUUGAUGUCUUUCACAUACAAGGCUAUGAAAAUAUUGCCUACUAUGACCCAUGUAUUUUUACAUCCAACAUCUGCCACUCAAUAUAUAUGUCUACCUCAUCACUCAUUGUGACAUUUUCCUAAUCCUGCAAGAAUAUAAUUCCAGACAGC